AUGGCUCAGCUGGUAGAGUGCGUUCCGAACUUCUCGGAGGGUCGGGACAAACAGGUGAUCGAUGCGAUCUCUGCAGCGAUCUCCGGCACGACGGGCUGCAGCAUGCUGGACGUCGACGCCGGCGUUUCCACCCACCGCACCGUGUACACAUUUGUGGGGUCGCCGGAGGCCGUGGUGCAGGGGGCGCUGAACGCCGCGCGGCAGGCCUUCAGCCUCAUUGACAUGAGCAAACACUCAGGUGAGCAUCCUCGCACUGGAGCGCUAGACGUGUGUCCCUUCAUCCCCGUCCAGAACGUCUCCAUGGAUGACUGCGUACACUGCGCCGAGGUCUUCGGAGAGAAGCUGGCAGAGAUGCUGAACAUCCCCGUGUAUCUUUAUGGAGAAGCUGCACAAAGAGAAACGAGGAGAAGUCUUCCGUCUGUCCGAGCCGGAGAGUACGAAGCUUUACCUGACAAGUUGAAGCAUCCUGAUUGGUUGCCUGACUUCGGCCCCUCCGUGUUUGUGCCAUCGUGGGGCGCCACGGUAACCGGUGCUCGCAAGUUCCUCAUCGCCUAUAACGUGAACCUGAUCGCCACCAAGGAGCAGGCGCACCGUAUCGCGCUGGACAUCCGGGAGCAGGGCCGCGGAAAAGACCAGCCCGGCCGGCUGCAGAAGGUGCAGGGGAUGGGCUGGUUCCUGGAGGAGGACAAUAUUGCUCAGGUGUCCACCAACAUCCUGGACUACGAGCUGACACCCCUCCACGCCGUGCACCAGGAGGUCUGCGGUGUCGCUGAGGCGCUGCAGCUGCCAGUGGUGGGAUCCCAGCUGGUCGGGCUGGUUCCUCUGAAGGCUGUUCUGGACGCCGCCGACUUCUUCAUCCACAAAGAGCGACUGUUCAUCGUGGAGGAGGAGCACAAAGUCCGGCUGGUGAUCAGUAAACUCGGCCUCGACUCUCUCGGCCCGUUCAACCCAAAGGAUAGAAUCAUAGAGUACAUGGUGAGGUCACCAGAGGACAGCCGUCUGGUGUCUCUGUCUCUGCAACAGUUUGUUUACAGUGUCGCCGCCCGCACGCCGGCGCCUGGAGGAGGAUCAGUUUCUGCCGCCAUCGCUGCUCUGGGGGCGGCGUUGGGUGCCAUGGUGGGUCAGAUGACGUACGGGAAGAGACAGUUUGAGAACCUGGACGGCGUGAUGAGGCAGCUGAUACCUCCAUUUCAUCAGGCCGUCAGCGAGCUGCUGCUCAUGGUGGACGCCGACUCGUCUGCCUUCAACAGCUACAUGACGGCGCUGAAGUUGCCAAAGAAAACCACAGAGGAAAUAAAAAAGAGGGAGACUGCGAUGCAGGAGGGUCUGCAGAGGGCGGUGAGCGUGCCCUUGGCUCUGGCUGACAGGAUCAGCGUCCUCUGGGCGCCUCUUAAAGAAAUGGUCAUCUACGGAAACAUCGCCUGCAAAUCAGACGCUCAGGUGGCAGCUAAAGCUUUGGAGACAGCUGUUUUUGGUGCGUAUUACAACAUCACCAUCAACCUCAAAGACAUCACCGAUGACGCCUUCAAGAUGGCCACUCAGAAGAGAGCGGCGGUGUUGCUGCAGGAAGCAAAAGAGAGCGCCGCCGCCGUGCUGCUCGCUGCUGACGACAGGAAGUGAAUUUAUCUUCUUCUUCUACAACUUUUAACCUCAGAAUCUGGGACUGAGUGAUCAUCAACUUUCGGUUUUGACACAAAAUGUUAUUUACUGGAUUAAAACAUAAAACAUAUCUUUAUAUUUGUAUAAUUAUUUAGCUUUAUUGAAAACUUUAAUUUACUUUAAGAAUUUAAUGAA